AUGAAGACCACAUUCGCUAUCUGCGCCUUUAUGGCCGCUACUGUCUCUGCACAUGUGCAGAUGAGCAGCCCCUUCCCCAUUCGAAGCCCUCUCAACCCAAAAGGUGAUGAGAGCAAGAAAGAUUACUCCUACACGGCCCCUCUAGACGCCUCGGGAUCGAACUUUCCUUGCAAAGGUUAUCAAAACGACGCGUUCGUGUCUGUUGCCACCUACACCGCUGGUAGCGAGUACGGCAUGUCACUCUCUGGCAGUGCCACACAUGGUGGUGGUUCUUGCCAGUUGUCUCUGUCCUACGAUACCGGCAAGACAUUCACCGUUAUUCAGUCCAUGGAGGGUGGAUGUCCAUUGACUUCUAGCUACAAUUUCACGAUCCCCUCUGACGCACCUUCUGGCCAGGCAUUGUUCGCAUGGACAUGGUUCAACAAGAUCGGUAACCGUGAGAUGUACAUGAACUGUGCUCAGGUGACAAUCGAAGGAGGCUCCAAGAGCAAACGUUCCCAUGCUCGUGAUAUGAUGGUCUCUCGUGCCGAUACUGCGUUCAGUUCUCGUCCACCAAUCUUCAUCGCCAACGUCCACGGUCCUGGUGGAUGCACUACCAUUGAAAGUCAGGAAGUCAGCUUUCCUGAAGCCGGGCCUCAGGUUGUCGGUGGAGUUAGCGGAACUGGAUUUACCUGCACUGGAUCUGCUGCCUUCCUAAGCGCUGGAUCUUCAAGCAGUUCCUCUACAAGUGGAUCAUCAGGAUCAUCUGGCACGUCUGGCUCUGGCACUUCUGUCCCAGCUGCCGUGGCAACCUCGACUACUAGCACUACAGCUCCAGCUGUUGCAACUGCCGCUUCAUCAAUUGCUUCUUCCUCUCCUACCCUUACAACCAGCACAAGCGCACAAGCUACCAACACUAUUCCGCCAGCAGCCAGCAGCAUAGCGCCCAAAGCCGGUGGUUCAGGUACUGCUACCAGUGGCCAAGCAUGUUCCAACAAUGGAGCUAUCGUCUGCGGUGCUAAUGGCACUACUUGGUCCAUGUGCAACCAGGGAGCCCUGACUUUUAUGGGUUCUGUCGCUGCUGGAACUAGCUGUUCGAACGGCUCUAUUACCAAGAAAUAA